AGCGUGCGGGGAGCCGGCGGAUCCCAUGUGCAGGGGGCGGGACUCGGGCGCGGGGCUCGGCGGGGUCCCCGCUCGGCUGCAGCGGCGCCCGGGCCAUGGCUGGCGGGGCCCGUGCUCGGGUGCCAGUGACAUUUGAGGACGUCACUGUCUAUUUCACCCUUGAGGAGUGGGAGAAAUUGACAGAACGGCAGAAGGCGCUGUACCGGGAGGUGAUGAGGGAGAAUUAUGAUCAUCUGAUUUCACUAGGGUAUCCAGUUCCCAGAGCUGCUUUUGUGUUGCUGAACAAUCCGGAGGAAGAGCCAUUGUUCUGGGAGCAUCGGGAUCUGGAAGAAAUAGAAUUACCUGAGACAGCUGAUUUCAGGCUCCUAAUUAAGGAGGAUGAGGAUGAUAAGGAAACUGCUGAGAACCUGGGACAACUCAAGACACCAUUCAGAGACCCGGAAAAGGAAUAUAAUUUGCUUUUUUCUAUCCAGGGCAACCUUGCUGUGGGGAGGAGACACAAACGAGCUCAAGCCCACCUGAAAGGAAAGCAUGUUGGAACCACAAAUCCACAGCAGCUCAGUCCAGAUGAGAAACCUCACAAAUGUAGCGAAUGUGGGAAAAGUUUCCAGAAGCGCGGGAAUCUGAAACGCCACUUUUGGACGCACAGCGGGGAGAGACCCUACCCCUGCCCGGAGUGUGGAAAGAGCUUUCGCCAAAAGCACCAUCUGUUAACGCAUCAGAGAACCCAUUCAGGGGUGGCACCGUAUAACUGCCCCCAGUGCAGGAGGAGCUUCAGCACGUCUGCCCGCUUUAAAACACACCAGAGCACCCACCUGGGAGAGAGGGCGUUUCAUUGCAGCGAGGGCGGGGAAGGCUUCCAGACGUGCAGGGUUCUUCAGGUUCACGCUGGGGAGGAGCUGCACAUACGUAAUGACUGUGGGAGAAGUUUCAGCUGUAAGCAAACCCUUAGGGUCCACCAGAGAAUUCACGCUGGAGAGAAACCUAACAGAAGCCCUGGCUGCGGGGAAAGCUUUUCCACGUCCGUGCAUCUCAAACUGCAGCAGCAGAUCCACAUGGGGGAGCGGCCCCAUACGUGCAACGAGUGUGGGAAAAACUUCCAGAAGAGCGAGCACCUGAAGCGGCACAAUCGGAUCCACACAGGGGAGCGACCCUUCGCGUGCACGGCGUGCGAGAAGAGCUUCGUCCAGAAGCAGCACCUGGUGAAGCACCAGAGGAUCCACACGGGCGAGCGGCCCUACCUGUGCAAUGAGUGCGGGAAGAGCUUCCGGUUACGCAGGGAUCUCGGCGUUCACCAGCAAACCCACACGGGAAAGAGGCUCCACGUGUGCGAGGCUUGCGGGAAGAGCUUCAGCCACAGGCAGUCGCUCGUGAGGCACGCGAGAACUCACGCCGGGGGGAGCACCUACACGUGUAACGACUGCGGAGCAGGCUUCGCGGUGCACAAGCAGCUCCAACAGCAUCGGCAAAGUCACGCUGCGCAGAAGGCCUCCGAGCACACCUGCAGCGAGUGUGGGAAGGGCUUCCGGAGGAGCGAGAACCUGAAGCGCCAUUUUCACAUGCACACAGGGGAGCGCCCGUUCCUCUGCACCGAGUGCGGGAAAAGCUUCAUCCAGAAGCAGCACCUGGUGACGCACCAGAGAACCCACACGGGCGAGCGGCCCUACCUGUGCAGCGAGUGCGGGAAGAGCUUCAGCACCGGCGAGUGCCUGAAGAUCCACCGGAGAAUCCACACGGGCGAGCGGCCCUACCUGUGCAGCGAGUGCGGGAAGAGCUUCCGGACACACCGGGUGCUGAAAGUUCACCAGCAAACUCACACCGGGGAGAGUCCCUUCAUCUGCUGCGACUGCGGCAAGAACUUUCGGCACAAGCAGUCUCUGGUGACGCACCAGAGGACGCAUGCUGGUGAGAAGCCCUACAGCUGCACCCUUUGCGGAGACGCCGUCAGGACUCUCCAGCUCCUCAGGAUGCAUCAGCACCAGCACACAGGGGUCCGGCUUUACACCUGCAGCGAGUGCGGGAAGAGCUUCCAGAAGAGCAAGAACUUGAAACGCCACUGUAAGACUCACACGGGGGAGAGACCUUACUGGUGCACCCAGUGCGGAAAGGGCUUCAUUCAGAAGCAUCAUCUCCUCAAGCAUCAGCGAACCCUCCAUGGGGACAGAGCACAUGUGGGUGGGGGAUACGCACCCGUCUGCCCCCAGGGUGAACGUCUGCAGUGUCCCCUGGAAACCCACCUGCACACGGAGGAGCUGAGUGGGGAGCUCCCAUUCCGGGUGGUCAUUGUCGAGGACUUUCCUUUUCCUGGCAAUGAGGCACCGGGGUAAUAGUCCAUCUGGAAGGAGAUGGCAGAUGAACAUCUCAAGCAUUGGGAACUGAAUCCAGGAAAAUCUCUUGGGUGAGUGAAGAUCAACAAAAAGAUAUUGGAGAUUCUCCCAAUUGCUGUGAACAUCUAACGAGCCACAAGAAAUCCAGGGUAACCAUCUACCCCUUUUAAAUAUGGGGAGAAGUAGAAACACAUAUCUGGGGAAAAACUCCUCAGCAAAGUGGCCGCCUUAUGGACUUAGGAAUGGCAGGAAUUCUUUCAGGUGUAUGAACUUCUGCUCAGCCAGGGAAGGCUGUCAGAGAGCGACUUUCAGAAACAAGCAAUGAACUGUUCAGCACAAGGGAGCUCACACAGGAGAGAGGCCAAAUCGAUGGGUGUAUGACUGGAGAUCACUGAGCAGAGUAAUAACCAAAGGAAGGAGACGAGAUGUCUAGCGUGGUGAAGGGGGAAUCAUUGGAAAUAACAGGCGGAAACGGAGCAAUGGUAAAUGUAGGCUGAAUCUCAGUCCUACUUGUCUGUGACACGGUCUCCCAGAGGAAGCUGUGGAAGCCCCAAAGCUGGGACCUUUUACAAGAAGAUUGAGCAAAGCCUGGGGGAGCGGUGCUGCCAUGGCAAAGGGGAGGAGUGGUUAGGGUGACCAGACGUCUCGAUAUUCAGGUGUUUGUCCCACGUUCUGACCGAUCUUUGUCCCAAUAUUUUUUGCUCCGCCGGCAGCACUUGGCUCUUUUUUUUUUUUUUUUUUGCUUUGCUGGCGGACUCCCUCCCCUGCCCCUUGUGUCCCGAUAUUUUCUCCCUCUCAUCUGGUCACCCUGGGAGUGGUUGAGGUGGCUUAAUAUGUGUCUCGUGUUCAGCUGCAAAAUCAAGUUAUCAUCCACAGCAGACCAGUGAAGGGAGAAACCGGGACUCGAGUACAACAGCUGGAAAUGAAAACCAGACCCAAGCCACCUGUUCGAGGGGAUGCCCAGUUAAGGCCAGAUCCUCAGCUGGUGUGAACUGGUGUCGCAGCAGUGACCUCAAAGGCGCUAUCCCAGUUUACACCAGCGGAGGAUCAGGCUGUCCUUCAAAGUGGUGCCCAGAGAAAGGACGUGAGUGGAUUUGCCGUUUGAAAACGCCCCAAGUAAUCGCCAUGCAAAUUUCAGAAAUGCUCCUGAGAAUGAGUCCUCCUCAAAUCUAUAGGCCAAAGGCAUCCCUGAUGUAAAUAUCCUGACUUCAGUGGCAAUACACCAGUGAUUUGUUUGGCCUUGGUCUCAUACUAUAAACAGGAGAUGAAGCAUUGCCAGUGUUUGCGUGUAUUUCACUACUUAAAGAAACAAGCUGGCUGGGCUGUCGCAGACAGGCCAACCAGUCGUCCAGCCUUGGGUACAGGAUAUCCCACGUGCUUUGUUUCAAGGCAGUUCUAUUAGAAACGUACCAAAGUUUAUCUGGAGAAAAGACCCGACAGGGGGUACAGAUGAGUUUUGUUUCUUUCAUCGUGUCCAGCGUGGAGCACCCUGAAGGGUCAAGUAGGAACACACCCAGUAACCCCCCAAGGGCUGAAGAAAGCUCCUUGCCCCAGCAGGUGCAGAGGGAGCCUUGUGAAGCAGGUUCCCGCAGGCCGGUUACAAGAGCCCCGCUUGUGAUGCUGAGCUCAUGGGAUAAAGCUGGGAGGCGGGCAUUAGCCAUCUAGAGAUGUGGGGCUGGGCUGCUUGUGGCGCAGAGCGUUCUGCCCACCUGCCGAUGCCCAGGAGAGCAUGCAGCACCGCCUGGGAGGGGCUCAGCACACAGCAUCUUGUGCAGCUUCUGGAAAAGAAAUCCAUGUGAGAGGUCAGCGCUGCCCAGCAGCAGGGGAGGUGGGCAGAGGAGAGAGCAGGCAUUGGAGGAUCCCGGACUUCCACGGGCGCUGUGCAAGAGAGGGCCAAUAAACAGACUGCCCUCAACAGGAGUUGUGGCUGAAUUUUGUCCAGCAGGUCUAACGGCGAGAGCAUUGCGGGGGAAAUUCAGCCCAUGCAGAUGGCCUCUGCACCUCUCAAAUCCCACUUCGGCCAGCGGCCCCAGCGUGCGCACACGUACACUGGCGCUCAGCGGGCGAGCACAAGUAUCACUAGCAGUCUGGCUGUGGCAGCAAUGGAGACAUGACUGAGCUGGGCCGAGUACAAACACGCCUGAAAGCAGCAGGUCUGUGUUCUGCACGGCUCAGCUGUGCCUCCGCUACCCGUGCUGCUGCCGCAAAACUGCUAGUGAUACUUGUGCUAGCUUGGUGCGAGUGUGCGUGCACAAGCAGGAGCCUCGUGCCCUCGCACGGAGAGUAGACAUAGCCUCGGAGCGAACAGCUCACGAAAUGUAGCCACAGAGGCAGGUAUGUUGUGAGCCACAGCCUAGGAGCCGUGAGCUCCUGAGUUCUGGCGCUGACUCGCUUGGGGGCUUGGGGAGAUCAGGUACUGUCCUGGUGACCUGUUUCCUGCUGGCUCAGACACAGGGCAGACGGGAGGGGGUUGGGAGGGUUAUCUAGCACUUGAGCUUGGCUUCCUUGUCCCCUAAGGAAGUUAGCGGUGGGACGGGAGAGCAAUCCGGUUAGCUGGGGUGGCUUGGAUGCUUUGGGCGCCAUCCCUGUUCUGUCAGGAUGUGCUGACACUGUACGGGAGGGACUCGUAGAGUAACCCUCAGCUGCCUGCUCUCCCCAUGGCCUAUCUGGGGCGGGGGGGAGGUUCUGAAUCAGAGGGUUGCUGGGUCUAGCUUCUUGUGUCUGUUCUGCUGGAGGCUUGGCAUUAAAGCAACAGCAGGUGUGUAACAUGGAAACACCUGCUGCUGCUUCAUGGAAUCAGUUUGGCUGAUUCGUGUUCUCUGUUUCCUCUGCCCCCCACCUGCAUUUUUAUCCAGUGCCAGAAAAGAUCUGGGUUCCGUUAGCGCUCAGCUGUGUCAACUCUCGUUUGCCACCUUAACUCAGCCUCCCCCCCCCCCACUGCAUUGGUGGCAGCACAACUAGUCACUGUACUCGUGGGGGCAGUGUGUCUAGGGGACUGACGAGUCGGAGACUGAUAAAUGUGGUUUUACAGGGACACUGGGGCAUGGGACAGAAAGCACAAACCUGUGGGCGAAAUGACCCUCCCCUAAAUGAACCAAGACUCUGACCUGCUAAAGAUGCAGGGAAACUGCAGCUCAUAGGUCUGAGUCCAUCAGUGAACAGGGCCCAGGAGGGCUUCCAGUGGGGUCUACAGGUCUGGUCAAAAUGACGGUGACGCUCUAGGGAGUUGCUGUGCAUGACCUGGCUGGGAACGGUGCUACUGUAGCCACCCCAGCCAACCACUCUAACAACCCAGUGACUAUUCCCCUCUGUCCCUCUAAGGCUGUUCAACUCAGCGGGGUGGUACGUGCUGUCUGGCUGACUUUCCCCUGAGAGGGGCUGAGGGUAGGGUCUUUUCUGACCAGGGACCUCACUGCAGGAACUCCUUCCCCGGGAUACCUGCCACAGCCCUCGGCGCUUUGCUGGGAGGGUCAGUCCAGCCGGGACAUUUUGGACUCCAUUUUUUUCUCCACAAGGAAGGAAGGAGGGACUUGUAUCUAAAGCAUUGGCGUGGGGUCAGGACACCCCAGGUAUUUGCGUGCGUGACCCCAACCAGGUUGUGAGACUUAAUAGUAAUGAAGCAUUUUGAAAUGUUUGGAAAAAAAAGUGCUUGGGAAUGGAAAAGCCCCGGGGCCUGUUCUAUUUUCUACUUU